GUGACCUUAAAGCAGUUAAUGAAACCUGAAAUAUUUGUUAACUCACAUAAGUUACCGUGUCGAGGUUGAACUGGUGUCCAGACAAAGGACUUUCCUCUCUUCCCCUUUAAUUAAAUUUGUCGUUGGCGGUAAACGUACCGAGACAACGGGCCAACAGGGGGAAAUUAUUGCAAUUCGUCUGACAGUUAAGUUUAUUUAUAAUGGCAGAGGCGCAGCAAGCACGAGUACAGAAGGCGGUGGAAGAUAUGGUGCAAACCCUGGAGAAGGACCAUAUCCGUAAGAUGCAGGGUCGGAUGUUUAGGUGUAGUGCCGACUGUUGUGAACGGUCCACCGACUCUAUGACGCAGGUGCAUCAGUGCAUAGACCGCUGUCACGCACCUCUGGCUCAGGCACAAGGAUUGGUAACAUCGGAGCUAGAGAAAUUUCAGGAUCGACUAACUCGGUGCACCAUGGCCUGUAAUGACAAAGCCAAAGACCUGUUUGAUUCGGGGGCUAAAGAGCCGGCGGUCCGCGCCCUGAUGGAGAGCUGCGUGGGCAGCUGUGUGGAGGACCACGUCAACAUGCUCCCCAGUAUGACACGCAGGCUUAAAGAAAACCUGGACUCUAUACGACAGUGAAGCCGCCGCCGCUGCUCUCGGAUCGUGGCUUUCUCCGGACUUGAUCAUGUGGCUACGAACUCCCACCUCCUGGGGGUUAUUAUGUGUGGGGGGGUGGGAGGUCAUUGAAUCACACGUUUUGAUUGGAUUUCGUUGUUGUCAGUUGUCUGUGACCUCACGCGUCGCACUUCAGCAUCACCCUCCAUUAACAGUUCUACGCUGUAACUUUUUACUGAAGUCUGUGUUUCUCUGUUUGUCUCCG